UUGGCUCAAUAGUCUGAAACAUCCGAUUCCAAUUUCACAGACCCUAAGCUCUUCCCAAAUCCCAAACUUUCGCUUUUAGCAAAUCUCAGAAUCAUCAAUGGAUCUGGAGAUUUUUGGUCGUCACGCUCUCUCGUUCGACGACGAUUCGAUGGCAACCUUUGUCAACUCCCCGACGGCGCUCGUUGACUGGAACAGCCUUCUGAUUGACCGGUAUGAUGUUCGUCACCUCCUCUCUUCUAUUCCUCCUCCGCGUCCCAAGCGCCGCCGUACGAUUUCAGACGAUCCUGACUUGGAAUCGGACCUCAAUCACGAGCGUUAUCUUGAUUUGCCGACGGAAUCUCCAUCUCCGUCGCACGAUGAGAGCGAUAUCAAUGAUGUUUCAGCAAGUACAAAUGCCGAUGGUUUUCGUGCUGUCCCCUAUUCAUACGGAAGCUCCAGUGAUUUCAAUGACCAGAAAAUUGCUGAUAUGGACUCUGGGUUUCACCCGUCUUUCCCCGUGCCUGAUUAUUUACUUCAACACCUGCCCCCAACUGAGAAAUUACAUCAGAUCAUGGCAAAAACUUCGAGUUUUGUAAGCAAACAUGGUGGGCAAUCUGAAAUUGUCUUGAGAGUCAAACAAGGAGGCAACCCAACAUUUGGGUUCUUGAUGCCAGACCAUCAUCUUCAUCCUUACUUUAGGUUUCUUGUUGAACAUCAAGAGCUUUUGACAGGAAAGUCUUCUGUAGAAGAUACAAAAAGUGAAGGUGGGAAGGAUGGUGGAGCUUUGUCCUUGCUUGGUUCGGUUUAUGGGACAGUAGAAGAUGAAGAUACUAAAGAAGAGCCACCAAUGGACUGUAAAACAAACGAGUCUGCUGAAGGUGAUGGUGGUGCUAAGGUUGCUGAUUCCAAUGGACCAGAAGGGUCAAAAGAAGCUGCAAAGAUUGCCACUGAGAGAAGUGCAGCCUCUAAGCAUUCUCUUCCGUCAAAUGAUCAAGCAACUUUCGCAAAAAGAAAUCCUUCUGUCAGCGCAGUAAAUGUUGUAGGGAGGAAGCAGAUCAAUACAGAAGAUAGUGCUACAGAAAAAACAUUUUCUGAAAAGUUGCAAUCUUCUUCAAUGCCGGCACAAUCCAAGCUUGAACUGCAGAUUGUGGAGCCGCCUAUUGAGAUGAAAAGAGUGAUCAAUAAGAUAGUUGACUUCAUCCAAAAGAACGGGAUAGAACUUGAGGCUACUCUUGCUGCGCAGGAUGUUAAAUACGGGAUGUUUCCAUUCUUACGUCCAGCUAGCUUAUACCAUGGAUAUUAUCGGAAGGUUCUCCAAGAAGCUGAAGAGUUAAAAUCAUGUGGCAAAGGCGAUAUUACCAAAAAGGAAGACAUGAAGCAAGAGAAGAUGGGCAAUGAUGUAAAAGAUGACAAACCUGUUGUCUUAACGGUUGAUUCGGCCAAGAGAGAGAAACUAAAAAUGGUUAGUGACAAACCAAAGGCUGAGUCACACAAGGAACCAUUCAAGCCCGUCGAACCGCAGACGAGGAUCACAGUAGAUGCGAAUACUGCUGCUGCUAUUCUUCAAGCUGCCAGAAGAGGCAUAAGGAACCCACAGUUAGGGAUUCUAUCAGGCAAACCCUUGGAUGAGACUUCUCAGAGCCUCGGAAAUGAUGGAAGUAGUAAUACUUCAUCUAAGUCCCUUGAUUUGGCCAAAUCUACGACGGGUCAAGCUGCUGCUAGUGAAGCUGAUACUUGUGAAGCAGGCUUGUCUAAAGAGCAGAAGUUGAAGGCAGAAAGAUUGAAACGUGCAAAGAUGUUUGUGGCCAUGUUAAAACCCGGUGCCCAGCCAGCGCAACAAGCUGAAUCAUCGCGGAGCGUAUCGGUCGAACCGUUGGACUGUGGGAUCUCUGGAUUAGGUUCUAAUGCUGCCAAAGAAAGAGAAGGUGGCUCACUUCCAUCUGAAGCUGAGCCGAAACAAGCAGAUGAUAGUGGUAUCAGUAGAAAAAGAUCAAAGAGGAAUUACCGUUCCAGAUCACAGAGAGAUGAAGAUUAUGAAAUGGGAGAAGAAGAAGAAGACGAUGAAGAGAGAAGUAUGGAUGAAGUUACAGAAGAAACCAAGACUGAGAAAAAUCAUUCAAGUAGAAAACGGCAUUAUAGGCAUAAGCAUAAGACCAGACCCGAGCCUGGGCAGAAGCUUAUGAAACGGAGCCGAUAAGUUCAGUUCGAGUCUAUGUUUUGUGGCUUUUUUUUUCCUUUUAACAUUUUGCUUUAAUUAAACAGGUGUCAAUUGUUCCUUUUUCUUAUACUUCUUUUCUCCUUAUUCUUUUGAGUUUUUGAGGCUACAUUUUGUAUUUUUGACAUUUUUAUUAUACUCAAAUAUUUUUAUA